AUGAGUGUGGACGACCUUUGCAUCUUUGCCUCUCCACAAGGUAAACUGCUGCAGGUGAACACCGGAGCUAAAGAGCAGCUGUUCUUCGAGGCUCCACGAGGACGGAAGCAGAACAUCAGUGUUGCGGAGUUUGAGAAGCUGGACUGGGCGAGCUGGACGUCGGUGCUGGGUCCGACCUGUGAGGGAAUAUGGCCGACGCUCAGCUUCGUUAACUCCGCCUCCCUCACCAGAGAUCGCAAGCUGCUCGCCAGCGGAGACGACUUCGGGUUCCUGAAGCUCUUCAGCUUCCCGUCCAGGGGCCAGUUUGCGAAGUUCAAGAAGUACGUGGGUCACAGCACCAACGUGACCAACGUCCGAUGGUCCAAUGACGACUCGGUGCUGCUGUCAGUGGGCGGGGCCGACACAGCUCUGAUGAUCUGGAGCAGAGAGCCACCGGGACACAAGGAGAGUAAAGCUGUGGACAGCGAGGAGUCGGACGACGACCCCGAGGAGGACGGAGGUUACGACAGCGAUGUGGCGCGGGAGAAGGUGGUGGACUACGUCACAAAGAUCUACUCUCCCAACAUCAGGAACAUGUCAGGAACCAAACCUCACCUGCAGCACAAAGAGCUUCCUGUGGAGGAGAGGCCUCCGGUGAGUCGAGCUGCUCCGCUGCCGGACAAGCUGCUGAAGAACAACGUGACCAAGAAGAAGAAGGUGGUGGAGGAGCUGGUGCUGGAGCACGUGUUCGGGUACCGAGGCUUCGACUGUCGCAACAACCUGCACUACCUCAACGACGGCGCUGACAUCAUCUUCCACACGGCCGCCGCCGUGGUGAUCCAGAACCUGUCGGCCGGAACUCAGAGCUUCUACCUGGAACACACCGACGACAUCCUGUGUCUCACCGUCAACCAGCAUCCCAAAUACCAGAACAUCAUCGCCACGGGACAGAUCGGUGAGUCACAUGACAGGAAGUCCACUCAGCUGCAGCAGACACAACUUCCUGCUAAUGCCUCAUAUCACCACGAGCAUGGACACAUCUCACCUGGAGCCUCCACCUGGUCGACAUGUCACAACACAACACAAAACCACAUGUUCUCACACAAUACGACAAGUUAGGAAGUCAACCAUGAGAUUGUCGGGUACGAUACGAUAUGAUACAACACAAGAUACAUCACGAUAUGUGACACGUGCUAUGAUAUGACACAACAUGAUGUGACAUAAUACAAAAAGUUACCAUACAACACGUGAGUUCACGAUACGACACAACAUGACACGUCGUUGUGCGUUGAGUGACAGUCAGAGCUCCUGUAAUGUGCAUCAUCACGUUGUUCUCAUGCAUGACUCAGCUGCUUUUCGCCCAUCGCACUUCUUUUCUUUUCUGCUUCGUCAUUGUCCCGCCUCACGCCAUCACCAGGUGACCUCACGGACCUGCCAGGUAAGACUCACUCAUCACGGAUCCAUUCAUCACAUGAUCCUGUUCUCUGGUGUGUAACCUGUCGGUGUCGUUGCUCUCGGUGUUUAGAGGCUGAGGUGUCCGGUGAGUACCAGCAGAACCCCCCCCCCCCCUUCAGAGACCACGUCUGCACUGAUCUGGAAUCAGAAGAAAACGCUGCUUCAUGUGUUUCUCCACUAAGACUGCUCAAUGUCACCAACUUCUACAACCACAGAAAUAAUAAUAAUUGUUAUUAUUAUUGCCGGACAACACAUUUAUCUAAGCUGAGUACAAACAUGAAACUUUGAAUGAUGAUAUUGAAGAUGAUAUCGAUCUUGGCAAACUAAUUGAAUUUAAAAAUGUUUUAAUCAUUAGCGUUAUUUCGUGUUUCUCCACAUCAGUGUGGGCGUGGCAGCCUCACAUCAGCAUGCUGAACUCACUGUGGUGUCUGUGGUGUCUGUGGUGUCUGUGGUGUCUGUGGAAGUGAUUCUUGUUUUUCUAUACGAUCAAUGUCAGGACGUGAACUUCAGGCAUGAAGACACUGAUCUUUAUCUGCUCAACAGAAUCCUGUGAGAGUCCAGAUCUCAUGGAACAUCUGGUUCAAACCGUCGACAGAUGUUCACGAUGAUGAUGUUUUAUUAAUAGAACACAUUUAAGUUAAAUCACAGUUUCUCCAAACCAGUUUUGAAUCUGGGCCUCCUACUGGAGUUUAUUUUUUAAACAUGGAACAAAGAACUCACAGAGAUUGAAGAUGUGUUUGUUUAGGUUGUUUUUGUUGUGAUGUUCUGUUUGUUCAGUUGUUUUCAGGUUGUUUACACAACUCGUCUCUAAAUACCACUCGUUUGACCUUGUGUAGACUUUAAGAAGAAGUGAGUCCUGUGUGAUCGGGACCAGAUGUGUAAAUACUGUGGUUAUAAAUGUGUGAAUACAGAAAAGCACUUCAGAUUUUCCUGACUCAGCAGUUUUGCUGUGUUGACUCAGCAUGUAGCACCUGUCCCCUCCUGCUCCUGAACCACGUGAUCGUCCUCAGUGUCUCUGCCUGCACUCCCUCAGGAUCCUCGUUCCAUUGAGACUCUGUGUCAUUGUUCCUUUGGUUCCACUUCACCUUUAGUUCAGCAGCUCCUUCCUGUUCACUCCCUUCUUCUUCUUCUUCUUCUUCUUCUUCUUCUUCUUCUUCUUCUUCUUCUUCUGGUUCAUUGGUGGGUGACUCCUGAUUCUGAAUCUUUCUAUUUCCGGCUGCUCCUCUGUUCUUGUUUGUUCCCAAACCUGGAAACAGCUGUUUGUUAGUUUCCUUAAAUCCUUGGUUCCAAAGUUGCACAGAUGCUACGGACCUGGAUGUUCAACACCUCGGUUCUUCGGUUCCUUUCACAUUAGGUCCUAGGCUCCACAGUUAUUAACUCCUACUUGAUGCUUUGCCAUCUUUGGUGUGAACUGUGGAACCUCAAGUGGGACCAUAAAGAACCUUGAAGAUGCUGUGGUCCUUAGUUCCUUGGUCCGGUGGUC